CCAAACACACACAGUCACACAGACCAGAUACAGACACACGCAAUCUUGGCACAUGAGGCACAGUGACAUCUGGGAGUGGAGAAAAAGCUUUGCCAGAUGUGGGGCCGUUUCCUUCUUGUUAUGAUGUGAGGGGCUCCUAUCCCAUCAACCUCAUCAGCCCAGCCGAGAGGGAGAAAGUGAGUCAAAAGGAGGGAAAGCAAGACGAGGGGAGAAGGAAGGCAAGGGAAAUGGCAAGCUCCUGGGUUUGAUAGAGUGUAGUAGUAAAUAGAGAGAGAGAGGGAGAGAAAGAAGGUUCAGGAGAAAAAGAGAGAGAGGGAGGGGGUCAAGGAAACAGAGAGAUAAGAGUGACACCGGACAGGGGAACUGAUAGAGGGGAGGCUGAGAGACAUGCAAGAGGGGGUGGGAGAGACACAGUUAGUAUAGACAGAGGGAUGAGGAAAGGUUAAAAAAAAAGAGCAAGGAAGGGAACAAGCAACACAACCAGAGAGGGACGAGGAGAGGUAAGGAAAAACAAAACCUCUCCAGAGAGAGUAAGAGAGAGAGCACAGGAAAUAGACAGAGGAAGGUACUCACACAGUCAGGGAAAGUGGCAGAGCAAUAAGUAAAAAGACUGAGAGAGAGAGAGACAGAAACGCAGAAAGAUCCCACUCUAUUGGCCGUUGGAUUUGGGGCUGGCUCGGUGUGCAUCAUGCUCCCAUUUUGGCUGGGGAUGUCCUGCUUACUGCUGCUCAUUUCUGAAACAGGAGGGAGAGUUUAUAAGGGGAGGAAGAAGCCACCGGCACUGACAGCGCAAAGGCUCCGCUCCGGACCUCAUGUUUGCUACUCAGGGAUGGGAGCAGGUUGCUGCCCAGGCUGGAAAGUGUCUCCUGGCACAGGGCAGUGCCUUCAGCCCCUUUGUUCAUUUGGCUGUGGAAGUGGGUUCUGCGUUGCUCCAAAUGUAUGUUCCUGCCGGGAUGGGCAUCAAGGUGUCACUUGUGCAGAUGAAUUUUCCAGUGAACAUGAAAAAGCCUUGGAAGACAAAGGUACUCCUCUCACCUGCCUAUCGGCUUUGUGUGAUCAGAACUGUAGAAUGGUGAAUGGGGUUCCAUCAUGUAGCUGUUUCCAUGGAUACAGUCUUGGGAAAGAUGGCAGAACCUGCUAUGAUGUUGAUGAAUGCUCCAGGCCACAGGCAUCCAGUCUCUGUCAACAACAAUGCAAAAACAGUAUUGGCAGCUAUAGAUGCCUCUGUUUCUAUGGGUAUCAAAUAUCACCCAAUGGCCGCUCUUGUGUACCUACUAAACACCUAAACUUUAUCACAGGCAUUGCAGCUCCUUCCCCUUGUGGAGAAUAUGGCUGUGAACUAAUGUGCAAUGAUGGUGGCUGUGAGCACGUGUCGAGGGUGUGUCCUGUUGGAUUCCGUAUGGCAGAGACUGUGAAUGGAGUGACCUGUACAGAUAUCGAUGAAUGUGAGGCCUCCUCAUGUGAAGGAACCUGUGUAAAUACAGAAGGAGGAUUCAUGUGUGACUGUGGGCCAGGCAUGAAACUAUCUACUGACCGGAUGAGCUGCUACGACAUUGAUGAAUGCUCCACUAAGAGAUCCCUGUGCCAACAAAAAUGCAAGAACCUUCAGGGCAGCUACAGGUGUUUGUGUGGGACAGGGUUCGUUCUUCAGAGCAAUGGACACACCUGUGCAGAUAUAAAUGAAUGCCGGAGGCCAGGAACAGCCCACCGUUGCAAACACUUCUGCCACAAUACUCAUGGAAGCUUCUUCUGUUCUUGCCGUGCUGGGUUUCUGCUCGGUCCAGAUAAAGUGUCAUGUAUUGAUGUGGAUGAGUGUUUAGAAAAUGCUACCAUAUGUCCUCUGGGAAGUUGUGUGAACACACUGGGCUCCUAUUUUUGUUCAGAGACUUCAGUUGGAAUGCAGACCACAGGCCUCCCUUGGGAAACCCAGGCAACUCAUGGAAACUGGAUGCCAUUCCAGCCAACAUCAAUAAUGCCACAGACAUCGGGGUCACUGACUACUGGUGACCCUCACACUCUCAGGCCCAGCACUGAGUUAACACAAGGGAUUUACAGCACAAUUACUACCUCGGCACCACACAGCACUUUGGCAGACACUAACGUCAUACUUCGUCCACAGCACCUCAGAAUCGGCCACCCUCCAUUAGCUCAAAAAGCCUCUGGAAUUUCCCACAUGCCUCUGAAAGAAAAUAUGAUUGGUCACUCAGGUACCACCACAGUAGCCUUCACUCAUGUGCCCAUUUCCCACUGCUGGCAUAACAAAGAGCUGCAUCAGAGUGGCAGCACAUGGAUAGAACCUGGAUGUACUGGCUGCAAUUGCCAGGAUGGGAAUGUAUUCUGCGAAAAAAAGACAUGCAGCCCAAACUGUUCACACCCAGUCGUGUACCCUGACAGUUGCUGCCCUUUGUGUGACGGAUGCCUUUUUGAGGGAGUUUCCAGGGUAGAUGGAGAGCUUUUCCCAAAUUCUCCAGACAACUGCACUAUCUGCAUCUGCUUGGCUGGAAAUGUCACCUGCAUCCCCCCUUCUUGUCCUCCUGUUACAUGCACUGACCCCUUCUUAUCAGACUGCUGCCUCCGAUGCCCAGAUGGAUGUGAAUUCCAAGGUCAUUUUUAUCCCCAUGGAUCCAAAUUUAGCAGGGACGACAAUGGGUGCACCUCUUGUUUGUGUCAGAAUGGUGCAGUUGAAUGUUCAUUUAUUCCUUGUCCCAGUUUAGAAUGUCCCAGAGAGGACUGGGUGUUAGAGGCUGGCCAGUGUUGCUUUAAAUGCCAGGAACCUGUGCAGAGGUCAGGAUGUCCUUUUGAUGAUAAUGGAAUUGAAAUUCCAAUUGGCCAGAUCUGGUCACCGGGAGAUCCGUGUGCAAUCUGCAUUUGUCAGGCAGACAGCUCCAUUGUGUGCAAAAAAACAGACUGCGUGGAGACCUGUCCUCAUCCAAUCACAGUGCCGGGGCAAUGCUGUCCAGAUUGCUCAGCGGGUUGCUCUUAUGGCAGAAGAACAUUCAGGAACAAUGAAAGCUUCCCCUCUACUUCCGACCCUUGUCUGACUUGCAUUUGUCUGAUGGGCACUGUAGCUUGUUCUCCAAUUGAGUGUGCAUUAAACUGCACGUACCCUUUCCACAAUGAAGGAGAGUGCUGCCCUGUUUGUCGAGAUUGCACAUAUGAUGGCAGAAAAGUGCUAAAUGGACAGACCUUCUACCUCGAGAGUGAUCCUUGCACUCAGUGCACUUGUCAGCUUGGAGAGGUGCAAUGUGAGGCGAUCUUGUGUUCUGCUUCCUGCUCACAUCCUUAUGUCUUCCCUGGGGAAUGCUGCUCCUCCUGUGAAGAGUGUCUCUUUGAAGGCCAUCUAUUAGAGAAUGGAGGAUCCUACAUAUUAAAAGCUGACCCAUGCAUUGUGUGUCACUGUUCUGGUGGAAAUGUUCAGUGUGAGCAAAGGGACAAUUCCUGUACUCCAUGUGAGCAGAAGACACAGGACUGUCUAAAUGAAGUCCCAGAUAUUUUUCACUCCAAUCAACUGCAAAUAAUACCCGCAGAGCUACAUCAGUCAACUGGAUCCCAUAAUCCAAACAUAGUGUUGAAGCUACUGAAUGAUGCAGUGCUAUCCCAACCGACAUAUCCUCCAUUAUUCCAGAGAUUAGUAUCCAGGCGGAAUACAGAGAUUUCAGGAACAACUUCAACUGGUUUACCUUCUGCUCUCCAUGGAAAGACACUUUCAGACUCAACUCCUUUUGACUAUAAUGAGGAUAAUUUAUCUACAAAUACUGUUUACCCUUCACCAACAGCAGAAACCACUAACACAAACAUAAAGCCUGUUUCAGCAUCAGAGUCAUACAGAGAUAUUAUAAUGCUGCACACAAAAUCACCAAAAGAAAUUAUAUCCUUGGAUUCAUCUCCUCAGCCUGAAGAAUAUUUACAUAAAUCUAUUCUGGGUCUCCAUGCACCAAAAGUAUCUACACCUACCUCCUCUUUAGGCAUGGCUUAUAAAUCUUUGCCUCCAGCACUUCUUUAUACCUCAACAGUCAUGCCUCAAAUGUCUUCUGGUCCAUCAAGACUAACUUCUGACAGCACUGCCCCUCAUUCUCCUACUGAAAAUUCCAGUUCUUUUAAGUCACCAGCACAUGAUUUUGUUUCUUCUUUCAACCAUACACAGUCCUCACAUUCUUCAUUUACCCACCCAAACACACCCCUCUCUUCUGCUACCUCUGAAGUAUUACCUAUCCAUGCAGAUGCCACUCAGUUGCCUUUGUUAGCUGAAAAUACUCUAGGCCCCACUCUGGCUCCUGCCCAACAUGCUGCUCACUUCCCAACCUCCGCACACAUCAUUCCGAGAGAUUCCGAGCUUUCUCUUAUGCAGCUGAACCACAGAGGUUUACAGCGUGAUGAACUGGAGAUUGGACAAGUAAUUGGAUGUUCUUUAAAAGGUCUCGAAUUUACCAGUGGCUCCAUCUUUGUUGCGGACGUGGACUGCUGCCUGCACUGUGAAUGUUUGAAAGGAGAGAUCUACUGUUCACGCAAAGACUUAUUCCCCAGUGGAUUGUGUUGCCAGCGUUGUACACACCACGCUGCGGAUUCUUGUGCAGGGGAAAUAAACCAGGUCCAUUCAGACAUUAUCAGUAGUCAGAACUUCUGUAAAUGCAGCAAUCAAGUUCUUCAAUGUGACUCUUGCUCCUUCAGAGAAGAAUGCCAAAGAAAUGACUCUAUACAGAUCUCCAAAGAAGAACAACUACCUAAGCAAAUGCACUGGGCACCACUUAUAUUUGAAGGGGAUGUUGAGCCUCAGAGAUGAAAUCUGUGAGACCAUCAAUAGCAGAGAAACAGAGGAAGCUAAUUAUGAUAAGACUGUUAAUUUCUUCUCAUCCCAGCUUCUUCAUACCACUUACGGGAAUGGAAUGGCAGUGCAGAAACUACAGUUUCAUCUCUUGGUCAGCUCUGAAGUUCCCCUUCAAUAAACAAUAUGUUCAGCUUGAAGAACCAAACGGGCAUGAACUUCAUUAUGGCACACCCUAACUGUACAAGCUCAAGAUAAUCUCUGCUAGUAAUUCAAGGCAUUCUUACAGUUAACUGAACAUCUCAUGGUGAGACAAGGCUAUUUUUAUGCAGAUCUAACCCCUCUAGUUGCUGGAAGGGAGGGAGACCUGACAGCAAUGAUACAAGAACACCUGGCAAACCAUUAUAGCAAGUGUGCUCGUAGCUUUCAAACUUUGACAAUUUAAGUAAUGCUGCCACUUUGCAACCAUUUAAAUGUCAAAAUCACUUUAAAAGUCCUACCAUAUAAAAUGAAAUCAACUCCCUCAUUUCCUUGUUUGUUACCAGUGUCAAGAUCAACUUGCCUGACUGUGCAACUUCAAUCUGGCAGAUGUCUUGACUUGAUCCAACCAUUCCAAACCCUAUGCUUCUUAUCCUUUCCCACAAAGCCAUGUCUUGCCACCACCAAUCACUAGCAUCUUAGCACUGUCAACGCUCCUUUUUCUUAAGGACAAGGAACCUCCUUCUCCCAUUGCUGCUAAAGCUGUGACAUUGGGUUUACUAAACUAGACUGGAAGGAACAACAAUGUAAACAGCAUCUCCAGCAGUUCAGUUCCAAACCCAACAUUUUAGGAUUAGCAGCAAUGGAAGAAGGCAUGUUGGAGAUAUAAACUGGUAAGUCAUGGGGGGCAAAGAUUUUGUUUUAGUAAGUAUAAAAAGCACUGUUAGUAUGCCCUUAAAGGUCCCCAUACACGGGCCGAUAAAAGCUGCUGACAGACCGUGUCGGCAGCUUAUUGGCCUGCGUGUGGGGCCAUCCGACAGGCAUCCACGAUUGAUAUCUAGCCGAAAGUUGACCAGAUGUCGAUUGGGCAGGGUAAAAAAUCCAAUUGGAUCGUGGCCACAUCUGUUCGUUGAUGUGGUUCCGCAAUCCAACCGCCCGAAUCGCCUCCAUUCUGAUCCAAUCGUUGGGCCCUAGAGCAGGGGUGCCCAAAAGAUAGAUCGGGAUCUACAAGUAGACA